AUGAAUGGUACGGAGAAUAAAACAGCUUCGAUUACGGAUAACAGUGGAAUUCAUGUCAAUAAAGGCAUGAUUGAGCCAGUUACAUACAUUUGUGGUGAAUGUGGUGUUGAUGUUAGUUUGUUAUCUCACGGUGCAGCAACAAUACUUCAUCAUUUUUUUAGUUCAAUGUUAUCACACAGAGUGUACGAAAUAUCAGUACUAUUGUUAAUAGGGAAGAAAGUUGGACAAAAAAGUUUUGUUUCAGCAACAGAGGUUCAUCCUCAUUUACCCAAACUUGAGUUUAAAGAGAAUAAAAUAAGAGAUUUUAAUUCCAGCUAUAAAUCUAUACAAUGUAAAAGCUCUCUUUUCACUUUGGAUACUAAGAGCUUAGAUAUUUAUAAUGAAUUUGAGCCAACACAAAACAAGGGAUUUUUUUCAUUUUCUGAUUUAACGUCUCUUCUUGAGAAACUCCCCUCCACUGAAUUGAUAAAGUACAGCAGUUACAGAGAUGAUUUUGUACAUCACAAUCCUGAAUUAAAGUCAUCUGAAGAACCUUUGACAUCGAGAAUGAUUUCCCGGCUAAAACAAAUCGCUAUUGGGAAAAGUCUACCUGAAUACAAAAAUUAUAUAAAUAAAGUUCCUAUUGAAAAGAGGUCUCCCAAUGACCCCAAAACUCCGAAAUGUGAUACAAGGCUGACAAAAAGAGAGUUUGACAACCUUUAUAGAGAGUGGCGAGUAAAACUGCAUCAGUACGAAGGCGAAAUUUCUUCUGGCGCUUCAACUAGAGUUAAUACCCCAGAGAAUAAUCUAGGCCAUCAGAAUGGAUAUUGCCCGGAAAUAAAAACACUUAAUAUAUAG